UAUAUUCUAAUCAAGUACGGAAUAUGAUCAUGUCAUGUCGGCAUGUUGACCUUUGUUCGAUGUAUCGCGUCACCUGCGAACAGGCGGCAAUAUCAAGCUUUGUUCAAACACGUUGGACCACGCAAAUAGUUUACAAAGUUGCUUCUUUUUGCAAAAUUAUGGUAAGAAAUCGAGGCGAUCGGUCGAACAAAAGAGAAAGGACCUUCUCAUCGUCAAGUACAGUAUCUACGGACGACGGUCAUCACGAUUUGAGUGAACAAAUCGUCUUAGAUGUGACUCUUGAGUACUUCUACAAACCACGAACCUUAACUGCCUUGGGAUGCCUUUUGGCAUACCUCGGUUACUUUGCUUUCACACAUGACCCUGAUGUGGAACUUAGUAAGAACAUAUUUAAAGGAUGCAUUGCAAUUUCUGUUGCAUUUCUCUUCGUGUGUAUGCUUGUUGCUCCAAAUGGUCCGUUCACAAGACCACAUCCAUUGUUGUGGCGAAUAGUAUUUGGUAUAAGUGUGAUAUAUCUGUUGGGAUUCACGUUUCUGCUCUUUUUAAACUAUGAUCAAAUAAAAAAUAUUCUUGUAUUCAUUGAUGAUGAUCUUAAGCAUGCUGGGCCCGAUAUGAAGGAAUAUGCAACAGACUGUCGGUUAAGUUGGGCAAAACUGUACGAUAGUAUGGAUUUGUUUAUUCUUUCUCACUUCAUUGGCUGGGCUGGGAAAUCAUUGCUAAUGAGACAUGCUGUGCUGUGCUGGUCUGCCAGUAUUACCUGGGAGAUAACAGAGAUUUUCUUCGCUCAUCUUCUGCCCAACUUCAAGGAGUGUUGGUGGGAUGCUAUCCUAUUGGACAUUGUUAUUUGUAAUGGCUUGGGCAUUCAUGUUGGCCUAUAUUUGUGCAAGAAAUUAGAAAUGAGAACGUAUCAUUGGGAGAGCAUAAAAGAUAUCCAAAGUACCACUGGGAAACUUAGAAGGGCCAUUUUGCAGUUUACUCCUGCCAGUUGGACUCGAGUUAGUUGGACUGACUCAAACUCAACAUACAAAAGGCUUCUUUGUGUUUACAUUUUGGGUCUUUUUUGGCAGAUUGUUGAACUGAACACAUUCUUCCUAAAACACAUAUUUCGCAUUCCUAACCCUCAUCCUUUGAACAUUUGCCGUUUGCUAUUGAUAAGUUUAAUCUCAGCUCCAACAAUAAGGCAGUACUACAUUUUUGUAACGGAUACAAGAACUAAAAGAAUGGGAACCCAAUGUUGGGUGUUCAUCGCUAUUACGAUAAUAGAGUUGCUAAUGUGCAUCAAAUUUGGAAAGGAUCUUUUUGCAAAAACUGAGAAGAUUAAUAUUGUAAUGUGGCUUUUGUUUCAGUUGGUGUUUAGCUUUUUAAUUGUUUGUGUUAUGAUCAUAAGACGAAACAGGAAUGCAGAGAGCGAGUCGAGAGGUGAAGCUCUCGCCAGUCUUCCCUCGGACGAGAAGAACAAAGCGUACAACUACGUCAGCAGUAACGGCAGACACGUGGUACGACCGGACGGUCCGAGUGCGAGCCCCAGUCGUGUGACACGAAGUAUGGCGAAAGUUGGAAAGGGCACCGUCGAUGAUAGGGGCGUUGACCGAAGAAAAUAAACUGGAUGUUAACACCGUGACGUAACACCAUUCAUAUUGUCUUGCAGUUUAUAUUGUCUUUCACCUCAAGUAGACAUUUCGUUUGCGGUCCUCGUAGUGGUAGGAUUGGAAACAAACGAGAACAAAGAACUGUUCAGAAGAAAGUUGUAAUAUACGUAGUUAAAUAUUGACAUUGAUUAUCCGUUCAUAACGACAGUCUGCCAUGAAGGAACUUCCUAAUAAGAUCCUGGAAGUCCUCGUGCAAACGAAGAAGUAUUAGGAAUAUUUAUGAGAAAAUGUUGAUUUGUGAAAACAGGAAUAUUUCGUGAAACAUUUGUGAUUUUUAAUAACCCUAAUAGCAUGCCUGCAAAAACUACACCGCACUGAUUAAGCCAAAAAUGUUUUUAAACACAGAAGAACACUUGUUAGUCUGCACGAGGGUUUUUAGACUGUCUAAAAUCUUUGUAUCUUUCGGUUUUGUUUCUGCUAGGUCUUACAAGAUAUUACAAGAUAGUUGAUGUACAAUUUCAAAUAUAAUAUGAUUUCAAGAACAUGCAUGUAUUAACUUAUGAAUCUACGGUUGAAGUUUAUAGUAUAUUGUUAAUUUUUUGUAUUCUAUGUUGUAAACAGCAAACCUUUUAGUGCAUUUAACGAUUUAACGUUUUUUACAUCGAAAAUGUAACUAUCAAAGUGUUCAAGAAUCGUGCAAACGA